AUGAAAAUAAUAAGGAAUGACUCAACUUUAAAUAGUUUGAGAAAUUUUAUAGGAUUAUUUAUUUUAAUAAUAACAAUUGUAAGCUCAAGUGUUAUUAAUACAUCAAAAUAUAAUGGAUAUGCUUUAAUAGGCUCAAAUCCAAAUAGUAGAAUGUCAUUUGCAACUCUAUUAACCAAACCAAAUAAAACUUUGCCUUUUUCGAGUACAAAUAAAUAUGAAAUUUCUCAAAUCAUCAAUGAACCAACAAAAUCAUUUGGUAGUAGUGUGGGUUUAGGUAGUGCAAGUUAUUUAGGAGCUAAUUUUACAAUCGGAGCUAUUGGAGAUUCAUCGGAAGGUUCAAUUUAUAUAUACGAUAUAGAGGCAUGCGCUAACAAUUCAACAAGUAAUAAUAAAUGUGAUUAUCUUUUUAUUCAAGAAAGUGUUAAGGUUAAGGAUAGUUUUCAAUGUUCAUUGGGUACCUCAAUCGCUAUAGGUCCAAAUUUUAUUGUCUCUACAUGUCAAAAUAAUUUACUUUCCAAAAAGACAUCCUCUUCACCAAUUUCAGUUUGUAUUUUAGACUUGGAUAAAGUAAUUAACAAUUGUUCAAAAGUAUUGUAUGUAGAGGAUUUAUCAUGGAAACCAUGUUUAGAUGGUAAAGGUCAAAUGUAUCCCACUUCAUUGAAUGUUUAUGAAAAUAAAAUUGUUGUUGGUUUAUGCAGUAUUUGCAUGUCUCCAAACAAAUCCCAAAUUCAAAUAGAAUAUCAAAGUUCUUUUGUUGUAUUGGAGGUUAUAAAUCAAACUUUAUCAAAAGACUAUUUAGUGCAAUCUACACAUAGAACAGAGUCAUGUCCUUCAACCAUAACAUUAAAUGACAAUUGGGUUGUAAUAGGAUACUCUGAAGAGGAGUUUGUAGACUUAUAUUUUAAACAAAGAAAUUCAUCUUCAUCAAGUUCAAUGUCAUCAUCUUCAUCCUCCUCAAGCUCUUCAAGUAGUGGCUCAUACCUUGAAAAUAGUAACGAUUGUGGUGAAAGUGUACCAUUGUCUAAUGUUUCCUUUUCUCUUUUUGAUACAGUGUACCAACCAAAUGCUGUUGGUUAUGGUGUGGAUAUUGCAAUUAGUUCAAGUAUGCUUUUGGUUUCAUCAACUGGUGACCCAACCCAAAAUAUCACUGGAAAUAUAUUUAUUUAUGAUAUUUUUACUGAUAAUUCAAGCUAUCCAGUUAGAAGUGGUGCUAAAGCAAAGGUUCCAAAUUUAAAUUAUAAAACUACUUUCGAUUAUCAAUAUGGAAUAUCCUUUUAUGGUUCAGAGAUGUUGGUUAUAUCUCAAGAUGCCUCAUCAAAAAAAAUGGGAUUCGAUUUUUAUAAAGUUUGCUCACCUGGUAUGGAAUGGUCAUCGGAUUAUUUUAAGUGUAUGCUUUGUCAAGCUGGCCAAUAUAAAGAGGUUUCUUCUAUUCAUCAAGAUAAUAGUUCUUUUGAACUAUGUGAUCUCUGCCCUGGUGGGUGGCAAACUGGUCAAGUUUACGGUUUGCAAUCUAUCGAAGAAUGUCAACAAAUUGCAUGUACCAAUAAUGAGUUUUGCCCUGAUGGAACAGUAUACCCAUUAAAAAGUGUCGUUGUUGCUACUCAAUCUAGAACAGUACCAGAUCUCGACGAAACAGAGGAAUUGGAUUUUGAAUCUACCUUUUACAACUCUUGCUACCCUUACUUUUUAAUUAUUUUAAGUGGUAUGAUUGUUUUAACACUAGUAAUUUGUUUACCAUGGAGCAAAAACAAAGAAAGCCAAAAGAAAAUUAUAGACCUGUUACUUAAAAUCAAUUUUUACGAUUGGGAUGGGGAAGAGAUGACCGAAGAUAUUGACUAUUACGAAAGAAGCCCUAGUUCUGUUCAAGAAUCACAGAUCCAAUAUUCCACUAGUGCAAGAGAAUCAUAUAAGCGUCGUGUAUUUAUAAGAAAAAGAAGAACAGCUGUUAAACCAGUCAAAGCUGUAGAGGCAUUCUGUACCUAUUAUUUUUUAGUGGUUUUGGUUUUAAUGAUUAUAUUUAUCAUUCAGUUCCAAAGAAUUAAUAGUGAUAUUUCAACUGAAUUAAAAUCACUGGGUCAAGCUUCUGGUGCCGCCACUCAAGGACAGGUUUACUCCGAUGCUGAAUAUUUACAGUUUGUCGAUACAAGUUCAAUGAUGUUAACUAUAGAUUUAUUUGGUUAUUCAGGCCUUUGCCAAAAAGAUGAAAUUGAUUUAAGUAUUAACGGUUGCCAAAAUAAAAACUUCAUGGGACCUUGCAAGUAUAAUUUAAAAAUGGAUGUAGUAUAUAAUAAAACAGGUAUAGACUCACCAAACAACUCAUCAUGUAGAAUUACAACAACAUUGGAUUAUGGUGUCGAAUAUAGUGAUACUACCGAUUUUUAUUUUAACAUAAAGCCAAUGAAUGACUAUUACUUUUAUGCACAAAGAAUUGUUUAUAACAUUAGUACCAACAACAAUGAAACUUCAAUAAACACAGGCAAUAGUUAUGUUUCUGGUAUCAUUCAACCAUUAGAAGGUACCAUUUUAAGACCAGAUGCAACCGUUUCAGUUCUAUCAAUGAUAACAAUGAUCUCUGAUUGCAAAAUAAAAUCAAAUGAACGAGGUCUAUCUUUAAUUCGUCCAAUGAUCGAGAAGUGUAUAUACAACAGUCAAUCAUAUAAAGAAUAUAGUUUUAUAUCAAAUUCUACAUCAUUUUUAGACACCAAUUCAUUCCACGAUGUAACUCCUACUUUUAUGUUUAAUAUACAUAUCGAAAAAUCAGUUUUCUAUCACGAUGUUAUGAACUCACAUUCAAUUUCAUUUGGUCAAAUUAUAACUGUAAUUCUUUUUGCUAUUUUAGAUGUAUUUUGGGUAAUAGAAGUGGUAGUCCCAAUUAUUCAAACUUUUGUAGGUUGGAUGGAAGAGGUUGUAAAGAAAAGAAAAAAGAAAGCCACUGGGGAAUAUUACGAAGAACUAAGCAGUAGUGAAUUGGAUGAUAUUAUCAAAUCAGAGCAAAGUAAAAAUAAAAGAGAAGCAUUAAUAAAAAGUAUGAUGAAUAAAAAUAAUGGCAAUAAUAAUAAUAAUAAUAAUAAUAAAAGUUUAGAAUCUUAUAGCUCUUUAAGUAACUAUGGAGGAUUAAACAAAUAA